CAAAACAGUCAUUGAUCAUUAUAAAUUUUGUAUUUACAUCACGAAUCAAAUUUUAUUGUUUUCUGUUUUAUAUAUUUCGUGGUUUUAACAGUAAAGGGGGCAUAAGUAAUUAGAAGAUCAGUUACUGAGCUUACAUCUCAGUCUGUUUAGUUUGCCAUUCUCAAUCUGAUGAAUGCGGCAUAUUUCCGAGAACAGUUAUUGCGAAACAUGGAGGUUGAUGAUAGAAAACCACUGUGUAUUGUUCCAACAGUUGAAACGAUUGAAACUAAAAUAAUGGAAACCAUAAAGCAAGAGAAGGUUACAACAGUAGAUUCCACAGUAGCACAAAAUUCAGAUAACGUACAAUAUCAAUUUAAAAUCAAGCAGCAAGGUACUUCAAUUUUGAAGACAACUCAGUUCUCCGAGAGUCUGGAUAUAGGUGAACGACAGACAACACAAUCAACAAGUCCAGGUGACAAUUUCACACAUGCCACCGUACUGCAAACAACCAUCGACAAAACCUAUGAGUGCGGAAUAUGUGACCAAUCAUUCCCCAAGAAGAGACAGCUGGCAGUUCACAAGCGCGUACAUGCCGGUACGCGACCGUACUCCUGUGAUAUUUGCGGUAAAGCAUACACCAAGGGUAUAAAUCUAAGCCGGCACAAACGGAUACACACCGGCGAACGACGACACCGCUGUCGGAUAUGUGGCAGAGAAUUUUUCACUUCUGAGCAAUUGGAUCAGCACCGGCUUACCCAUAAAGAUCAGGCUUACGUUUGCGAUAUCUGCAGUAGGAAGUUCACCGAAAACAGUAGUCUCACGCGACACAAACUCAUCCAUGCGGGUGAGAGAUCGCACAAGUGCGAUAUUUGUGGCAAAGAGUUCAUAACUAGUGCUGAACUCACUCGCCACAUGCGCAUGCAUACUGGCGAGCGUCCGUAUAAGUGUGAUAUCUGUGGCAAAGGCUACGUAGAAAGCAGCAGUUUGAAACGUCACCAGCGUGUUCACAUCGAUAUGAAUCUUGCGGAUCAAAUAUUUAGCUGCGACAUCUGUGAUAGAAAGUUUCUUGAAUCUAAAGAACUUACGCAACACAAACUUAUCCACAGCAAAGAUCGAGAAUUUAGAUGUGAAGUCUGUGGUGGCGGGUUUAUAAAAUAUUCUCACAUGACUCGGCACAUGCAAAUCCAUACAAACGAGCGGCCGUACAAAUGUGACCUCUGCGGGCAGGAGUUUCUUCGAAGAGCACAUUUGACCCAGCAUAAUCGCAGGCAUGUUGGCGAACGACCUCAUGGCUGUGAUUUGUGUGGAAAAAGAUUCGUUGAACGUAGUCAUUUGAUGGGACACAAGAAGCUGCACGAGAGGUCAAGGAGUGGUAGCAGGCGAAAAGGAAAAAUUAAGGAUUCUACCGCGACCGAAAGCAUCCACGCGGUCGCUGGAAGCGGUAAUGGGAAAAUGGAAGAGGAAAAGUAAGUUCUACCAUAAAUUAUAUGAUUGAAAUAAAUGUAAAAAGACAAUCUUAUUUAUUAUCAAAAUGUAUUUAGUAAC